AUGCUGGGCCACCCGUCUCUCGUCCUCAUCCGAUCCGAUCCGGAGAAUACCCCUGGUGAAAUGGACGAUCCAUCCAAAACCCUGUCGGACUCGAUACCUACGCUUGCCGGCGGCGAUGUAUCGUUGGCAUCUCGGCCCAGCCGUCCGUCGAUCUUCCCCGGAUCCAUGAGGUCGCUGCCGCCCGAAGUCGUGACCAUCAUCCUGAGGCAUCUUGGGCAUCAAGAAACCCUGGUGUCGGCGUGUCUGGUCUGCAAAAGCUGGAGCAUCGGCGCCAUGUCGGUGCUGUGGGCCCACCCCCGGAUAUCGAAAACGAGCUCGCUGAUGCAGUUUGCUCGCCUGGCCGCCCGCUCCAACCCAUACGCCAAGUUCAUCCAGCAUCUCCGCAUCAAACUCGUCUGCCACGAGCGUUUCUGCCCAGCCGACCCUGCGCUGCUCUGUCUGCUGGCCCCGGCCUGUCGCAACUUGCGGAGCCUGGUGCUCUUUGGGUUCGAGUUUGGAUUCGACGGGUCGCUCUACCUGGACAUUGGCGAGAUCCUCGAGUGCUUCUUUGCCUCUUGCCCAAAGCUCGAGGCCCUGGUCCUGCACAAUGUGCAAAUCACCCGGGUUGGCUCGUAUGUCACGCGAGGCCUGUCGAGACUCAAGACGCUGCAGCUCCACUUAUCGUUCGAGGAGAACUGCCAGUUCUUCAUGUCCAUAGCGCAGACCGUCAACUCGCUCAAGGACCUGGAUCUGAGCUGGAGACGAGUCCCCGACGGCGUCCUUUCUGCGAUCCUCAGGCGCUCGCCCGAUCUGCACGAGCUCAAGCUCGGACUCGGCCACACAGACCUGACUCUGCGGCUCAUUCCGGCCCUCUGUCCGUCGCUGCGGUGUCUGUCGCUUGGCGACAGCUCGGUCUUCACCGACGCCUGCGUGCGUGCGCUGUUUGAAUCCUGCCCACAGCUUGAGGUUGUUGCCGUCGAGUCGGCCACAGUCACGCCCAAGCUCGUUCUGGAAGCCGUCGAUGAGUUCCUGCCUCGAUGCCAUACCCUGCUUCUGAAUGCAAUCCGGUAUCGGCCACGACAGUUCCCAUCGGAUGCUCCGCUCCUGGCUUUUUUCGAGAAGCGCCGACACAUCCUCCGCGGAUUCGCCACCUUCACCAAGGCCAGCCUCGUGACGUUUGAGUUUCUGCAGAAGCUGGCAGAGCUGUGCCCGGUGUUGCCUGAAAUCUCGAUCCGCUUCAAGUCGCCAACGAUGGAAUAUGCCGCGGGGUUCUUGGAAGAUUGCCCAGUUCCAUACGAGGCGUCCAUAUCGAAGGGCCCCGACGAGUGCUCGGACGUGGUGUCUGUCUGCUACGAUCAAGGGCGGUAUCUGCAGCAGCUGCUAAACGAGUGA